AUGUUUUAUUUCCAGUCUGAGGUGAAGAAGGACGACCAGAGUCUGAAAGCAGCUCUGUCUGAGAACGUGUUGACAGUCAACAUGUUACUGAUUGUCUUCUUCCUUCCAGGUGUUUUUGCUGAUUGUGGUGAUCUAAAACCAGCUCUGUUCAUCACUACACCAAAGAAGAUUGAAGCACUGAAUGGAUCUUGUUUGCACAUCCCAUGUAGCUUUAAUAUAAAAGAAACAACAUUUAACAGCAGCAGAACUAUUUAUGGUAUCUGGAUGAAACAUAUAGCAGGUUUUAGGAAUCCAGCUUCUUCUAUUUUCAACAGCAGUGGGUCAGUUAACACCUAUUCUCUGAAUAUUACUGGAAACCUCAGAGAGGGAAACUGCACCACUCUGUUUCCUGAUUUAAACACCAGUUAUACAGACAAAUACUUCUUCAGAGUUGAGAACGGGCCGUUCAGAGCAACAGCUUGUGCUGAUCCUCUUCAGAUAACAGUUAAAGAUUCUCCUUGGAGUCCCAGCAUUAACAUCUCUGGUGGUGAUCUGAAGGAGCAUCAGUCUGUCACUAUAACCUGCUCAGCUUUGACUCCCUGUCCACACUCACCUCCUGAACUCACCUGGAAUCUCCAACAAGACUCUCACAGACAAACAGAGAAAAACACAGAUGGAACCUUUACAACUAAAAUCCAGGAGAACAUCACUCUGUUAGACACACAUGAUGGAUACAUCAGAUGUUCUGCCAGAUAUCCUGUGAAUGGAGGAAACAAGACAGCAGAGACAGCAGUGACUCUCAGUGUUUCAUAUGCUCCUAGAAACACCUCAGCAUCCAUCCGUCCAUCAGGUUUGGUGUCAGCAGGUAGCUGGGUGGAGCUGAACUGCUCCAGCAGAGCCAAGCCUCCUGCCAGCUUCACCUGGUUCAGGAACAGCAAACAUGGAGCCAUUAAUGUAUCUGUGGGGCAGGUUUACAGCUUCAAUGUUACUGAGGGAGGAGAGUUUUACUGUGUGGCUACAAAUGAUCUGGGUCAUCAGACGUCAUCAGUGAUCCUACUUAAUACUAAGGCGUUCAAUGUCUAUAUUACAUUGAAGAUCCUGGGAAUAAUCUUGCUCUGCAGUGCAGUCUGCAUCAUUGAGUGCUGGUUUAGAUUCUCCUACAUGCAAGGAAAGGUCACCAAAAAAUCACAUGAUGUGAACAAAGUGAUGGAGGCUCAAGCAUCAUGACUCUCAAGGAGACAGCGAGGACCUCAAGUCCAUGUUUCCACUUUCCAUCUUUCCAACCAUUGCAAGUUCAAGGUCACAGCAGGGACUGGUGUCUGUCUCCAGCUGUCAACAGGUCAGAAGAGGAGUCCAGUCUGGACAG